GCCGGGGGAGCGCGGUGACGUCGCCAGGAUGCGGACAGGUUUCUGCCGCGUCCUCGUUCUCCCGUCGGGCGUGUGCGGAGAGUCCGGGCUCGGCAACAUCGGAGCCGCGGCGGCCGCAGUCGUUGCCUCUCGGCGGGAGUGGCGAUCGACGCCUUUGGCGCUGGGUCUGGCCCCGCUUCUUUUCACCUGUCUCCCUCCGGAGUCCGGCCUGCCCGCUCUCCCUCCAUCUUCUCGUCGAAGGUGAUGCAGUGCUGAGGUACCACGCUCGGACCUUAUAAGGAAGAUCGCCGCCCUCUACCUGAAAAAGAUAAUAUGUUGAUAUAAACAACUGAUCUUUUUGUGAUAAAAUCUCAAAAAUCUCUCCAGAAUGAAUAAAUUGAAAAUGGCAUCAGAAAAAAGUGUAACUAACAACUCUCGGAUUUUAACUCUGUUGGCACAACUGGAGAAGAUCAAUACAGAAUGUUUGGUAGAAGUGGACACUGCCAGAUAUGUUACAUCAAAAAUUCUUCACCUAGCUCAAAGUCAAGAAAAAAUCAGAAAAGAAAUGACUGCCAAAGGUUCAACAGGGAUAGAAGUUAUUCUCUCAACUUUAGAGAACACAAGAGAUUUUCAGACUAUAUUAAACAUCUUAAAUAUCUUAAUUGAAUUGGUGGCGGCAGGCAGCAGUCGAAGAACAGGUUUUCUUGUUUCUCGAGGAGGGACACAGAUUUUGUUGCAAUUACUUGUGAAUGCAAGCAAAGAACCCCCACCAAAUGAAGAAUUAAUGGUGCUACUACAUUCUCUUCUUGCUAAAGUUGGCCCAAAAGAUAGAAAAUUUGGUGUAAAAGCCCGAAUUAGUGGUGCUUUAAAUAUAACUCUGAACAUAGUGAAACAAAACUUGCAGCAUCAAAGGCUAAUUCUGCCUUGUAUUCAAGUGUUAAGAGUGUACUCAACAAAUUCUGUAAAUGCUGUUUCCUUGGGUAAGAAUGGAGUUGUGGAAUUGAUAUUUAAGAUAAUUGGGCCUUACAGUAAGAAAAAUACUGCCCUUAUAAAGGUUGCUCUAGAUACCCUCACUGCACUUCUAAAAUCAAAAACAAAUGCACGGAGAGCUGUGGAUAGAGGCUAUGUCCAAAUGUUGUUAACAAUUUAUGUAGAUUGGCACCGUCAUGAUAGUCGGCAUAGACAUAUGUUAAUCCGCAAGGGAAUCUUGCAAUCUAUUAAAAGCAUUACCAAUAUCAAGCUGGGAAGAAAAGCAUUUCUAGAUGUUGAUGGGAUGAAAAUUCUGUACAACACCUCACAGGAAUGCCUUGCAGUAAGAACUCUGGAUCCACUUGUCAACAUUUCCAGUCUGAUAAUGAGGAAAUGCUAUCCUAAAAAUCGUCUUCCAUUACCGACCAUUAAAAGUGCUUUCCAUUUCCAACUACCUGUUAUGCCUGUUAAUGGACCAGUGUAUCAGCUGUAUAGUUUGCCUCCUGAAGUGGAUGACGUAGUAGAUGAAAGUGAUGACAAUGAUGACAUCGACACAGAAUCUGAGGUUGAAAAUGAUAACGAAGAUGACAUAGAUCAACACUUUAAGAACGAUGACAUUGAGACAGAUAUUGAUAAACUGAAACCAAAGCAGGAAUUGGGGCGACCGGUGGAAGAUUUGAGAAUGUAUGAACAAUUUUUCCCAGAACUCUCAGAGAAUUUUCAGGAAUGUGACCUCAUUUCAAAGGAACCAAAAUCUUUUUCAAACAACUCAGCUCCAGGAGGACCUAUUGUUGUUCCCACUGCUGGAGAGGAACCAUCCUUAACAAAUGACAUGAUGCAACUUCCUGUGAAAGAGAGUAAUCUACAAAGUGAAGACUGUAAUAAAAGACCAGGCUUUUUGGGAUUGGUAAAAAAUGAUGGUAUCAUGGAUAAUAGUUUGCAGCAUCAAGGUGAUCAAAUGAGAUUGCUUCCAUCAUGCCAGUGCCUAAAUCAUGAAAUUGUAAGAGACUUUGACCGAAUUUCACUUCAACAUACUUCCAAAAGUGAACCGUCCAAAAUUUCUAAGACCGUGACAAAAAGCGAAUGUAAAACUAGCAUUAGUGAAAUUACCUGUAAUAAAACUUUUCAACAUGUUCCAACAUGUGGAAGUGUUUUGUUUGAGGGACGGUCUGUCCAGCUGGGAAAACUAUGCUGUUCUGGACCUGAUCCUGAAGAAGAAGAAGUAUCUUGUUCAGUUUCUAUAGGAGAGCAAGUAACAAUUGAAGUGCCUGAUACAAUACAAUUGCAUGAUCCAGAACUCUAUAUUGAAACAGUGAAAAAUACUAGAUCUGUUCCUGAAUAUUCUGAAGUUGCUUAUCCUGAUUAUUUUGGACAUAUUCCACCUCCAUUUAAAGAACCUAUCCUUGACAGACCAUAUGGUGUACAGAGGAAGAAGAGAAUGGCUGCCAGUCACAUGCGAACUCUGAUGACAAAAAUUGCCCAGGAUAUUGAAAGACUUAUUCAUCCUAAUGAUAUUAUAGACAGAGUUGUAUAUGAUCUUGAUAAUCUCAGUUGUCCAGUGCCUGAUGAAGGAGAUGUCUUGAAGUUUAACUCCAAAUUUGAAUCAGGAAAUUUACGGAAAGUUAUUCAGAUCAGAAAAAAUGAGUAUGAUCUCAUUCUGAAUUCUGAUAUAAACAGCAAUCAUUAUCAUCAGUGGUUUUAUUUUGAAGUCAGUGGAAUGCGAACAGGCAGUGCCUACCGAUUUAAUAUAAUCAACUGUGAAAAGACAAACAGUCAGUUUAAUUAUGGUAUGCAACCCCUUAUGUACUCUGUUCAAGAAGCCCUGAGUGGUCGGCCUUCGUGGAUUCGUACAGGAACAGAUAUCUGUUACUACAAGAAUCAUUUUUCAAGAAGUUCAAUUGCAGCAGGAGGUCAAAAAGGAAAAUCUUAUUAUACAAUCACUUUCACAGUCACCUUUCAUCAUAAGGAUGAUGUUUGCUAUUUUGCUUACCAUUAUCCUUAUACUUACUCAGCUUUAAUGAUGCAUCUCCAAAAAUUAGAAUCCACAAACAAUCCUCAGCAGAUAUAUUUUCGGCAACAUCUUUUAUGUGAGACUCUCUCUGGGAAUAACUGUCCUGUAGUAACUAUUACAGCCAUGCCAGAAUCAAAUUACUAUGAACAUAUUUGUCAGUUCAGAAAUCGUCCGUAUAUUUUCUUAUCUGCGCGUGUACAUCCUGGAGAGACCAAUUCAAGUUGGGUUAUGAAGGGAACUUUGGAGUAUCUUAUGAGUAAUACUCCUGGUGCCCAGAGUUUGCGAGAAUCCUAUAUUUUUAAAAUUGUACCAAUGCUUAAUCCUGAUGGGGUCAUCAAUGGAAACCAUCGCUGUUCCUUAAGUGGGGAGGAUUUGAAUAGGCAGUGGCAAAACCCAAACCUGGAUCUGCACCCCACAAUUUAUCAUGCCAAAGGUCUGCUUCAAUAUUUGGCAGCUAUAAAACGUUUGCCAUUGGUUUUUUGUGACUAUCAUGGCCAUUCUCGCAAGAAAAAUGUAUUUAUGUAUGGCUGUAGCAUCAAGGAAACAAUAUGGCACACUAAUGUUAGUGCUGCGUCUUGUGAUCUGAUUGAAGACCUUGGUUAUAGGACUCUCCCUAAGAUUCUGAGCCAGGCAGCCCCAGCAUUCAGUAUGAGCAGCUGCAGUUUUGUUGUGGAAAAAUCAAAGGAAUCUACAGCACGCGUUGUAGUGUGGCGAGAGAUAGGUGUUCAAAGAAGUUACACCAUGGAAAGCACAUUGUGUGGAUGUGAUCAAGGGAAAUACAAGGGCUUACAAAUCGGGACACGUGAACUGGAAGAGAUGGGAGCCAAAUUCUGUACUGGUUUAUUGCGUUUGAAAAAACUGACAUCGCCAUUGGAAUAUAAUCUGCCAUCUACUCUUUUGGACAUUGAAAAUGAAUUGAUUGAAUCUAGUUGUAAAGUGACAAGCCCCACUACUUAUGUUCUAGAAGAAGAUGAACCUCGCUUCCUUGAAGAAGUGGACUAUAGCGCUGAGAGCAAUGAUGAGCCAGAUAUUGACUUGGCAAAUAAUGCUGGAGACUAUGAGCCCUGUCUUCAAGAAGAUGGACUCUCUGACUCUGAAAUUACGAGGACACAUUUGCCUUGAGAUAUUCUUGGUACAUGAAGGAGCAAACUACUGUGGCUUAUUUAAAAGGAACAUGGUGGGUUAUUUCACCUUGGGGUUUUGCUAAAGCAGAUAAACUGCAGUCAACCCAGUUUGAAAACAAUAAAUGCUUCUGGCUUUUAAAACAAUUGGCAUUUGUUUUAUUUGAGCAAUUUAAUUUUUAUCUUAGCAUUGAAAUUAAUUUGUCCCGGAUGCCUGCUAGUUAACGCUGCAUGGCUUUUUGCUUUCGUCCACAUAAUCAGUAAAAUAAAAGAAGUAAUUUCUAAGAUGUAAUUGGCAAACCAGAAGGUAGGAGUUAACCUAAUUCCUGUAGCACAAGAUGUCACACACAGUUUUAUCGGGAAGAUUUUGCAUUUGUGUGCAGGGUUUUAAUUCUGUGAUUUUGUUUUGUUUUUGUUUUUGUUUAUUGGAUGUAACACAAGGAUUUUUUUAAAAAUAUUUUGUACUGAACAGAUGAAAAAUAGAUCUUCUCAUUGCUACAUAUUUUAAGCCUUAGAUUGACAUGGUUUUGCUACAGCCUUAAUUUAAAAUUGGCAAUAUUCACAUUUAUAGUUGAGGAAAGAAUUAUACCUGCAGAAAGAUUUUAUGUACGGAGUAACAUUUUGAGAGUGGAAAGUGUCACAUUCAGGUGUGCGUGCAGCUUUUUCUCCUUGUCCCCUAGUACAGUUUUACGUGUCAUAAUAUUUCUCUGUGUGAAAACACUCCACAGAAAAUACAGAAGAGAGUAUUUAGGCAUGGAUCUUUCCUUCCUGAAAUGCAGGAUUUUUUCCCUGUGUGAAGGAAAAUCAGUUACAUAUCUCUCAGCCUAUGUUUUAAGGUGGUAUCAUCCAUCAGCUUUUUGUGAAAAAAUAAGCCUUGUGUACCCAUGCUGACUAUAAAGUAUAUAUUUAUGUUAACACUAAACUCAUAACCAAAUUCUUUCUGAGGUUCAUAUAAAGCUUGGAGAAAAUAGGUGUUCUUUGUAAGCAUAACAAUUUCAUUGUAUGUAUAUUUCGUGAUACAAAUUCUAGAUCCUUUUCCAUAUUUAAUAUAGCCAAUAUGAGCUCAAAGUGCUCUGGAUACAAAGCAUAUACUUAUAUAUAUAUUAUUGUGGAUUGUGGAAGAAUAAUGGUGUCCAUUUGGGUGGAAGUUGCUUUAUAGUCUCUUGAACUAUGUAAUCCAGAAAAAAAUUAAGCAUGCUGAAUUCCAAUUUUAAAAUAUCUAAGCACAUAGAGCCUGUGAAUAUUACAUUUUUCUGAUGUCUGCUUUAUCUUCCUACCUCCUGAGUUCUAUAUUUUAUUGAAAUAUUUAAAACGAAAGGUAAUAUGACAUUGGAACUAAUAUCAGAGGAUUGGAGGCCAGAUCUUUGUAGUAUUAGCCAAUCCUAUCAAUCUUGGAAUAAAUCCACACUCCUUUUUUAUUUCCUUGUGUUGGUGCUUAUGCUAGAGGGGAUGGUCUGGAUUUUUCUUAACUAAAACAACUUGCCUCAUGUAAAGAGAGAUCAUUUUAUCACUGUCCCCUCAUUGCCAAAGGAAGCAAUUAAAAACAGAAUCAAAUCAGUUUUAAGAGAUAUAUGUUUGGUCUUCUGCGUUCCCACCUCCCGCCCAAGCUAGACAUAUUUCACAGUUAGAUAAAAUUAAUACAGGAAAUAUACCAAUGUACAAGAAAAUAUAAUAUAUUCAUUGAUUUUUUUUAAAAAUUAAUCCAAACCAGAACUUUGCUACUCAGAUAGGAUAAACUAAGUGUUCUGUCUACAAAGAAAAUGCAGUCCCGCUUUAAGUGAGAUGAAAGGAUUUAUGAUUCUUGUUUUCUGGAAUUAAAAUAAAUAAAUAAAUGCCUUCUAGCCAUAGUAGCAUGUUAGAAACAGCAUAUACCCAGACCUGCAUUUAAAUUGUGGAUUAGAUUAUAAAGGGGUGCCCUUUAUCAAAUCAAGGAGGGUUGUACAGAUGUACUGAGCUGACUCUAUGUGUAUUUGUUCUUUGUUUGGUUGUAAAGAAUUUAUUGUCCAGUAAGGAAAUGAGUGACUAAUUAAACCAUAUUGAUAUAACAAGUUGUAUUAAUUUUUCCAGCCUCUUAACUGAAGCAGAUUAAAGAGUCUUGUAGUUAAUCUUUUGAACUUUAUGAAUAUUUUGCUAUAUUUUUUAAAUCUUUGAAUGUAUUUUCAUAUAGUUUUGUUUUUACAAAAUGAUUUUGAUGCAAAUAUGAUAUGAAACACCACAUAUAUUAAAAUAUAUACAUUUGAGUUGUACUUUGUCAACUUCUGGGACUUUCAUAGACAGACAAAGAAAAUUAUGUAUCUGUAAUGCUUAUUUCUUUUAAUGAAGCCUUCCUUUUUAAAUAUUGUACUGUAUCUCACAGACAAAAAUAUGUGCCAACUAUCAGAUGUCAGUUGUAUGUGGAAUAUUAUUUUAGUCAUAACUGAAUAAUGACAACAAAGGCUCAAAUUAGACUGGCAAAUAUAAUGUAGUUUGUAUAAAAGCCAGAAAGCCCAAGUUUUAUUAUAAGAAUCCAUUGUAAUCCUGUAAUUAUAAAUUGUGGCAAUAUUACUGUGUAUGACCUAAUUCCAGAGAGAUAAUUUAUCAAGUAAAUGUAUAAUAAAAUAAUUAUCAUCACCUGCUUUCUCUACAUAUUGGAGGAAUGGGUCUUGGGGGGGGGGAAUUGGAAAUCAAUAUGCAAUGUCAUAUCACAGUUUAAGAAUAAGUGUUCAUAAAUUCAUAAAUUUUUAGAUUUAGAUGUUUAAAAAAACUUGAAUAGCAAAUUUAAGGGGGUUUGGAUUUCUCUUGUUUCAAAAAAAUCAUAUUAAUCCUAUCUCAGGGCUUGUACUAUA